AUGACCAGCACGCGAUAUCAAACCCGCACGAAGCGCGAGUGCGAAAUCUGUGCCACCGAGAAGCCCGCCAACAGGUUCCCUCUCCUUCCGCCGACCAAAGCCUGCCAACACAGCAUUACAAUCUGCACGGAGUGCGUCCAGACCUGGAUUUCGACUUGCAUCGACACCAACUACAACAGCGCCAUCCAAUGCCCCUACGGCGGCUGCGACGAAGAAGUCUCCCGCCAGAAAGACAUGCCCGACGCAGCUACAACCCAUCAACGCUCCCGCUACAGCCACAUUGCACAUCGCAUCGUCCAGAGCAGAGUCCCCCGCUGGCGCUGGUGUCUGGCUCCCGACUGCGACGAGGGCCAACUCCACGAACCGCUCGAACCGCCCACUCUCGAGGAAGAAGACGUCUGCGUCUGCGACGGGUGCGGUGCCGAAGCCUGCGUGCUCUGCGAUCGGCCCUAUCACGAUGCCGAGACGUGCGAGGAGUAUGCUGCUCGGAACCUCCCGUCUCUGGUUGCGCAAUGGCUGAGUGAGAAGGUCAUCGGGGCGCAGAAGGCGAGCGGCAGGAUCAGAGAGUGUCCGAAUUGUUUCUGUCCGAUGGUCAAUGAUGGGGCGUUGAUUUUUUUGAGAGCUCUCUGCCCUCGCUGUCGAUGUAA